UCAUAAGCUUUUUAACAUAACCUAGGGCAUUGAUUUGUUUUAAAAGCUCAAUAAUUGAUUGUACUUAUUCAGCAUUACUUUGAGCCACAAUUGUCUUUUGUUAGACCAUCUGAAAAACAUUUGUUCAUAAUGAUUUAUCUUCCUUCAUCACACACAGUAUAAUUUCUAUGAGAUGAAUAAAAACUAUCCUCGUGAAAUACACAUUCAAAAUGGGAAAACUAUACACAAUCGAAGUGCUUUGAGUAAUGGCAAGGAAGAAAAUAGCAAGUUAGAACGAAAUUUAACUAUCCACUGGUGCGAAUCUGAAAUGUCUUAUCAUGAGCUAUCCCGUGAAUAUACUGGAGUCGAUAUACGUAAUAACGAAUUGCAAAAUAAUAAUUACCUUGCUGCACCUGGUGGCCAAUUAAGACCCGCAAUCUCAGAAGUAGAAGGGUUGGACAGAUACGCUAAACAAUGCUUAGAAGAGAGAUCUGUAACACCGCCUGAAAGAAAUGGAUAUAUGAACGGUCAUUCAACUAAAUCGGAUGCUAAUCACGUUUCUACAGAAUCGUUUUCCUCAUUUAAAAGGCAUCCUACUCAUAAAAGUGAUCAAAAAAAUGUACAAAAGCAACCAGAAAGCCUGACAGUUUUCGAGAAAUUAUGUCAAAAGUUUUCUAAAGAUGCAACUUAUAAGAAUGAAAUACGUGCUGGAAAACGAUUAGGAUUUUAUCGAUUUGUUCUGGAUAUUGGAAGAGGGAACUUCUCAAAAGUCAAGCUGGCACUUCAUAGUUUAGUCAAUAUCGAAGUUGCAGUCAAGGUUAUUGACAGAACUAAAUUUGAUGAGAAAACUCGACGCUUACUUUCGCAAGAACUAACAAACAUGGAACGUUUACAUCAUCCACACAUAAUUCGUGCAUAUGAAGCACAUGAGGUAUUACAACGUUGGCAUUUAGUUAUGGAAUAUGCGCCUAAAGGUGAACUUAAUUCAUAUUUAAAACGAUCUGGUCGAUUGGAUGAAAAAACAUCAAAAAAUUAUUCUUCACAAAUACUUUCAGCUCUUGAUCACUUACACAAUAAUGGUGUGGUUCAUCGAGAUCUAAAGGCGGAAAAUGUUUUCAUCGUCAGCAACAUGUAUGUUAAACUUGGUGAUUUUGGCUUUUCUAAAUGUGUGGCUCCAGAUGCUGCCUUGACAACGUUCUGUGGCUCUCCGCCAUACGCUGCUCCUGAGUUAUUUGUUGCGGAUUCUUACACAGGACCAGCUGUGGAUCUUUGGGCUCUUGGUGUUCUCUUAUUUUAUAUGGUGACUGGAAGUUUGCCUUUUAAAGCGGAUAGUUUACACAAAAUUAAACGUUUAAUCCUAUCAGGUGAUUACCGAAUCCCAGCCUAUGUUUCAAAUGAUUGUCAAACAUUAAUCUCAGGAUUAUUGGUGACUAAUGUUGAACGCAGAUAUACCGUAUCUCAGGCGAAAAGUUCCAAAUGGUUCAGUGAUAUUGACUGGCAGCAUCUAAUGAAACAUAAAGAUCCAACUCCUGAUGAGAUUGAUGAUGCAUCUGCUCGGUAUCUAUUGAAAAAAUGGUGGGAUGUAGACUCUUAUGAAUUAGAUAAAGCAUUAAGUGAAGGCCCUAAAAACAAACUAACUGGUAUUUAUCGUAUUCUUCGUAGUAAAGGUUUACAAUACAAGAAAGAUCCUACCUUACCUGAUCAAAAAUAUAAAAAUAAACGAGGUCGAGUUAAACGUAAUGGUUCUUGUAGUACCGGUAAAAAUAAACCACGACCAGCUAGUGUAUCACAUAAAGAAUUAACGACUGUUGAUUUAAGAGAUCAAAAAUCUAUAAAAAGUGGUGAAAACUCUACGCGAACUUGCAACAUUUUGUAAAAAAAAAUAAAUAAUGUAUAAUUCAUUUUCAUUUUAUUCUUCAUUCAUUCAUUCAUUUGUAUUUUUUAAUGUAAAAAAUUUUUAUUUCAUUUUCUGUUUGUUUAUAUUAUUUUCUCUAUAAUAAUUUUGGAUGGAAUACAGGUUAAAAUGGAUUAUUUUUUGUAGUCUUUAGCAUCACAUCAUCAUGUUACUAUUUCUUUGAUACAUUUUUUUCUUCUCAAAAUGUAUUAUCAAUAACUUUUCACCACUUUGGUUCAACUUCACUGAUUAUUUGUAUGAUGUAAGAUGUUGCUAUAAUAAUAAUAAUAAUAAUAAU